GGCCACAUUGCCAAGCUUGUUGGUAGACCUAAGUCGGCGCGUCAAGUUAAACUUGCCGUCGAAAUGAUGUCACACACAUCCUCCAAACUGCCUUGGUAUCGCGUCGUUUCGACGUCGGGUAUCGUCUCCGCACACGGUUCAUCUCGUCAGCAAAGCAUACUCGAGAGCGAGGGCGUCGACGUCCGCACUGGAUCCUACGGCGAAUUAAGAAUCGAUUUCACUUCCUGCGGCUGGUUCCCUUCACCAGGGGCCUUUCACACAGACUCUGACAUAGAGUCCGACUUGGAGGACUGGGCAUCAUGA